AUGACGAAAGGAUCCUCCUCCUCUUCUGGCGCUGGCUCCAGCUCGGGAAGCUCUGGCGGCGGCUAUACGACCACCAGUUCGGGUACCAACGAUCAAGGCAACCACUACUGCCACCGUGACUACGGCUCCGGUGCUUCGAACUCCAAUUCGUACCAUUACUCCAACCAGAAUGGCUCGUACUACUACAGCAAUCCAAAUGCAAGUCAUGCGCGCAGGCUCUGA